AUGAAAAACCAUCUUCAAGAUCCCUUAACCAGUCACUUGAAUCCCUGUCUAACCAAAAAAGAAGAACAAGCUGACCAAGAAAUGAUGAGCUUACAAGCAUUGAAGAUCACAACCACAUUGGCUUUCCCCAUGAUUUUCAAAGCUGCUUUAGAUCUAGGCGUCCUUGACACAAUUGCUGCCAACGGCAAAGAUGUGUGGUUCUCGUCUUCAGAAAUAGCUUUUGGUCUACCAACCAAGCCCACCAACCCCGAGGCGCCAAUGUUGCUAGACCGAAUGUUACGAUUACUCGUCAGCCACUCGGUUUUGAAGUGUCGUAUAGUUGAAACCGGAGAAAACAAUCUAACUGGAAAGAUCCAAAUGGUAUAUGCAGUCGAGCCAGUUUGCACGCUUUUCUUAAAACAUGGUCAUGAUGAGUCGGGUUCACUCAUGUCCCUAUUCAUGGUGCAGCAUAGCCAAGUCUAUUUUGAAACUUGGUACGUAUUUUAUUAUUUGAAAAUAGGCAUGCCAAACAUUGUAGUAGACAUUGUUACAGCAAUAGAACCAAAACAUGGCGACCUUUUCUCCAACAUUUUUUUCAGCAUGGACAUGUUGAUGUUAACACACUGUUCAGGUGGUAAAGAGAGGUCUUUCUCUCAGUUUGAAGCUUUAGCCAUUCCUUCAGGUUUUCUUAACUGUGAAAUCAUUUGUAUUGCAUUUUCACAUUGUGUUAUUGAAUUCCACAAAUAG